CUAUGAUUAUUAUUAUUAUCAUCACAAGAAGAUUUUGUAUUACCUGUGUCAGUUAUCACAGACUGAUAAGUCAAUAUUUGGCAAAUAUAUAGCCUGUUGUACACGUUAAUUGAACCGACCAGAAACAAACUAAUCAACAAUAAACAUAGCUUAUACAAACAAAGCCAGCGUCAUGUUUUGGUUGCACCAAACACUCCAGACAUUUCUUCCUUUCACUGACAAUCGGAAUGCUUCCAUCAGAUCACGUGACCACACAUGUGCUAAUAUGGCGGCGAGGAAUAUGAGGGGGAAGAUGGUCGCCAAAGUGCCACUAACAUUUGACUCGGACUCUGAUUAGUGUUGAUGGGUAGGCAUAAUGAGUUCCAUAUCUUCCGAACGCGCAGACCACCGACGUCCUGACGAUGCCACGCCACCAGGCAGACGAGGCUUGCGACAACGCAUACCGUACAGGAUGUUCGGGAAGAGGCUGGACAGUACGAAAAGACUGGUGGUGUCCAGCAAGGUGUGGAUGAAGACUAUCCCAACCCAGAACUGUGAUGUCCUUCUCACGUUUCCUGCCAAGGCGGAUGAUGCAACUCUCAUGUGGCUCCUGGCACGGCUCAAGACUCGCACUCCCCAGAUAAUUGUUCAUGUCCGCCACCACAGCAACUCCGGAAUAUAUGGCUUCUACAUGACAGCUACGUAUGAGAAUUUGCUGAAGGGGACCGAGGAACUUGGCAUCAAGAAGCCGCUGAAGAUGGACUAUGGUGGAGGCAUGAAGGAGUUCACGUUUGAGGACCAGGAUUGUUUCGCUGGUGUGGAGGAUGAGAAGACCUUCCUGACAAGCCAAGAAAGACAGGACAUACUCUACCACCUGCUGUGUGAGCUACGAGCUGUGGAGGGAGAGCAGCUCGCCAAGAUCAGGUUCCUGGAAGGUCAACCCAUUGUUCCCCGCCUGGAGUCCGGCAAGGUCAUCUCCCAGGUGUUCCCCCUCCACAACAAGGACGAUCUCGCCGAGCUGCGAAAGUGCUGGGUGCAAGCGUUCUUCAGGAAACAACCACAACAGAAGAUCUGCGAGUACUUUGGUGUGAAGAUUGCUCUGUAUUUCGCCUACCUGGGACACUACACAGCAUCUCUGUGUUUCCCGACACUGCUGGGGAUGGUGUUCUGGUUCAUACAGGACUCGCAGGAGAUCGAGGACAUCUGUUUUGUGACAUACGCCUUGUUCAAUGUGAUAUGGGCAACCUUGUACCUGGAACACUGGAAGAGAACCAGCUCAGAGCUUGCCUACAAGUGGGGCACUCUGGAAAAAAAGGAUGAACUCAUUAAGGACCCAAGACCCCUCUAUAAGGGCGACCUGGUAAAGAGUCCUGUCACAGGUCGGAUGCAGCCAUUCUACCCACCCUGGAAACGCAACUUAUUUCGGUACCUUGUGAGCUUCCCUGUGAUUGGCUUCUGUCUUUUCGUGGUGUUCGCUGUGAUGCUGCUCAUCUUCCAGCUGCAGGAGUGGGUGAAUGCCCUCAUCGCGUCAGAUGAUAUCCCAGCAUUCCUCCGGUUCUGCCCAAAGAUCCUGCUUGCAUUGUGUAUAACAAUUUUUGAUGAACUUUACAGAGUCAUUGCAGUUUGGCUGAAUGAUAAGGAGAAUUACCGAUUGGAAGAAACAUACGAAAAUCAGCUUAUUCUAAAACUAGUAAUGUUCCAGUUUGUCAACUCGUUCCUGUCCCUGUUCUACAUCGCCUUCUACCUGCGGGACAUGGACCGACUGAGAGAGCAACUGGCAGCGCUCCUCAUCACCAGGCAGGUGAUUGGCAACCUGAAGGAGGCCCUGCUGCCCUACCUGGUGUGGAAGGCCAGGCUGUUGAAGGUGGGGCUGCAGAUCACUGGACAGAUGUCCCCCUCAAGCCUGGACAAGGAGAUCAAGGAGAUGACCAGUGGGGUCAGGCAGCGACGGCGGGGACAGGUUGGAGAGGACACUGAGACAGUUGACAACAGCCCUGAACAGGAGCAGGUUGAGACGGAACCCAGUCCUGGAGAUGUAGGUGAGGAAAGUCUCCAGCAGUGUCUGGCCAACAACAUCCUACACAAGGAGAAGCAGGAGGACCCUGUCAUAGAGACGACUCAGUCCCCCCUCGGGGAGAAGAUGAGUGGACCAACACUCACACAGGCAGAGGUUGAGAGUGCCAUGAAGAAGUAUGAGGACACAUACGAAGACUACCUGGAGAUGUUCAUCCAGUUUGGCUAUGUGACACUCUUCUCCUCGGCUUUCCCUCUGGCAGCACUGUGUGCCCUGCUGAACAACGUCAUUGAGAUCCGGAGCGAUGCCUUCAAGCUUUGUGUCAACCAUCAGCGCCCGUUUGGGAAACAGGUGGAGAACAUUGGCAUCUGGCAGGAUGCCUUAGAGGUGAUGGGAGUGAUUGCCGUCAUUGUCAACUGUGCUCUGAUUGGGAUGUCCGGACUGACACACAGGAUGAUGCCCAACAUGGAUGACACCACCACCAUCAUCAUCAUCAUUGUACUUGAACAUCUCAUCCUGUUGCUCAAGUUCUCUAUUGCCUUUGCUAUUCCGGACAUCCCUGACUGGGUCGCGCUGGAAAUGGCCAAGGUGGAGUUCCAGAGGAGAGAGGCCCUCAAGAGACUUGAAGCUCAGACAUCACCAGGACUUAACUCUCCAGACAUAAGACGUCGCUGUCCGUCUGAAAACCUAUCAGAUAGUCCUCGCCAGAGCAGACCGCCAGACAGUCCCAGGAACUCGAACCUGGUGCCUUCUACCCUCCCUGGGCUCCGGCCUUGCCCUCAAGCUGCUCCCCAACCUCCCCACAGGGGGUCUCUCGCUCAAGGUGCAGGAAGGGGGACCAGUUCUCCACCUCAUAGUCACUGUCCAUCUAUUCCAUCACGCUCACCAAUUGUGCGUAGUCCAGAUCAUAGAGGUCAGGUCAGUAGUUCUCAAAAACGGCAGCAUCCAAGCACUGAUCCUUGGAGCCAGGCUCAAGGUGAAGGUGAGGUGCAAGGUUAUUCAUCAGAGCUUAGAGGUCACCUUGGUGGUAGAUCUGUGCCCAGAAGUCAAUCAUCGUCGUCCAUUCAGAUGUCCAACUCACCUCCAGGUGGUGUUAGGUGUCGUAGUGUCCCAAAGUCUCCCCCAGAGGCUGUGUCUGAGUCUUUGAACAAACCAAGUCAUCAGUCAAAGGAGGGCCUGGAGAGGUCCUGUGAUGGAUCAAGUGUUGAUAUUCAGAGACACGCCUCUCAAUCCUCCAACAGAAUGGAAUCUGUAAGAGGAACUACCAGGAAGUCAUCUGAUUCACAGUUUCAUCUGUCAUCUUACAGAUCAGAGCAGAUGAUGAAUGCUCAGAACUCUGAUGCUCGACGUAUAGUCACACGACGUACGUCAGAUUCUCAUAUCCUCUCUCAGUCUUCCUCCAUCUCAUCCCAAUCCCCAGAUCACAAUCCUCAUUUGAGUUCUCGGUCCGAGUCACCUGAAAUCAUUCCAGAAUUAGGAAACAGUUUCAGGAGUGAACGAGACUUCAUGACAGUUAUUCCAGGAGGAAGCGUCAUCCAGCGCCGACCACAGGCGGCGGCAAGUGACUCCCAGUCCAGGAACGAUGCUAGCUCCAGCUAGGUUGUGGCCAUGUCAUGAGUUGCAGCUUCACAGUGACAGUAACAGCAGUACCCUUUGUUGCUAGGUAACAGCAAGGUGCUUCUCAUGACCUCUCCAUCAAGAUGAAUGCUUCUGGUGUUGGUGUUGAAGAACAUGUUUAACUUUUCAUGAUUUGUGGGGGAUGUGUCAAGACUUUUAUGUGGCAUGGAUCAAUAUCAAUGAGCUUUAGUUUUGACAUUCAUGAACCCCCUGAGAUGAAGCUGGGCAGCACUGAUGAUAACAAGACAAAUAUCAGAAUGCCGUUUUUUGUUUUUCCAAAACACGCAUGAAUGUUUGAACUAUAUUGUUAUGUCCAGAAAAGGCAUUUUCCUUGUACAGUGACAAUUUGUUCACUUUA